AUGGCUGAUGUGCUACCUCCUUCCCCAUCCGAACUUCUUCGGAUGGUAACAGAGCUACAACAAGUCAAUCAGCGUAUGGCAAAAAAAAAUCAAAGAAUGGCUACCCAAAUCGCCGAGCUGAACAAUGCUCGGAUCGAAAAUAACAACACUCAUCAACAACAACCAGAAGAUAAUGAACAUCAUUCCGACCCCUCCCACGUCUCGGAGACGAUUCGAGUUGAGGGAGCUCAGCCUGAAGACGAGAAUGAAGAGCCCAACGAACCCGUGGGACCCUUCACACCAGAAGUGAUAAACUUCGAACUACCACGAAGAUUCACCCUACCACUGACCCUCACACCUUACGAUGGGCUCGGAGAUCCGAAAAAGUUUCUCAAAAAAUUCCCAUCAAUAAUGAUCGUUAACGGUGCAUCUGAUACUGUGUUAUGCCGCUGUUUUCCGAAUUAUUUAGACGGUCCUGCACUUGAUUGGCUUUGUGCUUUGCCUGCAGGUUCUAUCUCACAAUUUCAGCAGCUGGCCAAGCUAUUUGAAGAACACUUCGCUGGAUCUGCAAUUUAUCUGCAUGACUCGGAUUAUUUGAAUACGAUCAAGCAGGGACAAAAUGAAAGCCUGAAGGACUACAUGACUCGCUUCAUGAAAGUCGCCAUCAGCAUACCCGACCUCCACCCCGAGGUCCAUCUGCAUUCAAUCAAAAGCAGAUUCCGACCUAGGAAGUUCCAAGAAACCAUCGUGGUAGCAAGCCAAAGACCCUUUCCAAGUUCCGCGAGAAAGCCAAAGGCCAAAUUGAUAUCGAGGAACUCAGACAAGCUCGGAAGUCUGACAAAACAUAUUACAGAGACGAAGAUAAAACUCCGAGCAUUCAACACUAAGCGAGAGGACAUAAUCAAAGAGAUUCUGAAUUCAAAACUAAUCAAGCCACCAAGGAAAGCCGGUACCUACCAAGAUACUAAGAAUGUAGACAAAUCUAAAUAUUGUGCUUUCCACCAGAAGCACGGCCACGCUACUGACGAUUGCGUGGUGGCAAAAGACCUCUUGGAACGACUAGCUCGGCAAGGUCACCUUGACAAGUACAUUGGAGGUCACAUCCAAAGACGUACAACACCUUCCACAGCCAAUGAUUCGUCCGAACAACAACACCGACGAAAAGAGAAGGUACCCUCAAGCCAACAUGAAAAACCCCGAGGUAUAAUUAAUUGUAUUUCAGGAGGAUACGCUAGUGAAGGAUCCUCAAACUUGGCCAGGAAGAGAUCGUUCCGAGCAAUAUGCUCGGUAGAUGGACCACAUCGCGAAGCUCAUGUCGCAACCCAACUCCCGCAAGUGACGUUUACGCACACAGAUUUCGAUUCCAUCAUACAGAACCUAGAUGACCAUGUGGUUAUCACGCUUCAAUUGGGAGAUCUGUUGGUAAGGAAAGUACUUCUAGAUCCCGGGAGCAGCGCCGACGUUCUGUUCUACUCAACAUUCCAAAAAAUGAAGCUCAGCAACAACAUCCUCCUGUCAACAGGGGGAGACCUUGUCGGUUUCAGCCCAUAUAAUCUUAUACUUGGCCGACCUUUCUUAAACAAGUUCGGCGCAAUUGUAUCUACAGUUCACCUGUGUGUUAAGUUUCCUCUGCAGGACGAUCAUGUUGUAACAAUUCACGGAGAUCAUAAAGAGGCACGACAAUGCUACAACAUCAGCAUUAAGCUCCCAAAUCGUUCAAAACAACAAGUCAACAAUGUCCACCUCACCACCAACAGCUCGGCAUUAGCCGACCUAGAUCCAAGAGCCGACUUUCUUGAACGACCUAUGCCAUCCGGUGACUUACAGAAAGUAUAUUUCAAUAAUGAUCCUAACAAAUUUACUUAUGUAGGUACAUCAAUAAGCGCGGUUGAGCUAAAAGCCAUAACCACCUUUCUACAAGAAUAA